GCGGAAGCGCGCUGCCAGGUCGGGCGGUGGGGCCGGUCCCGGUGCGGGUCCCGGUGCGGAGCGGUGAGGGCCGGGCCGGGCCGGGCCAGGCCAUGGCGCUGCUGCUGGAGCACGAGUUCAAGCCGCUGCCGGCCGAUAAGCAGAUCGAGACGCUGCCCUUCCUGGAGGCUGUGGCGCACCUGCCGCCCUUUUUCGAUUGCCUGGGGACUCCCAUCGUCUACUCGCCAGUCAAAGCAGACCUGACUGGAAAUAUCAAGAAAAUCCGGGCGGUUUACGACUCCAACCCUGCCAAGUUCAAAACGCUGCAGAACAUCCUGGAGGUGGAGAAGGAGAUGCAUGGCUCAGCCUGGCCCAAGACGGGUGCGACGCUGGCGCUGAUGUGGUUGAAAAGGGGCCUGAAGUUCAUGCUGGUGUUGCUGCAGAGCAUCUCCGACGGCGAGCGGGACGAGGAGCAUCCGAACCUCAUCCGGGUGAAUGCCAUGAAGGCUUACGAGAUCGCGUUGAAGAAAUACCACGGCUGGAUGCUGCAGAAGCUGUUCAUGGGCUCAGUCUAUGCUCUUCCGUACAAAUCGGAUUUGCUGAAGGCAUUAGAGAAGGGUAAAGACGUCAAAGAGGAGGAAAGCAUAGAGAAGAUUCAUCAGUUUCUCUCGAGGGUCACUCCCAUCCUGGAUGCGAUUUAUGAGAUGUACACAAAGAUGAACGCCGAGCUGAGCUACAAAGCCUAAGGCUUGCACGGGACUGGCAGGGCUGAAAUAAGGUGUGAUGGGUGCUACCUGUGUCUUUAAUCACUGAGGCAGCCAGGGCUGCUCCCGGCUGUCAGGCGACUUUGAUUCUCCUCUGGAUCUGCAGUGGAUAACCUGUUUUCUUAAAAAAAAAAAAAAAAUUCAUUUUCUAUUGAGAAUAUGGCAAUAAAACAAUUGUACCCCAUGUUAUCGUAGGAUUUCUCAAGCUUUUGUACUAAAGAGGAAAAACAAGUGUUUCUAGUCCUAACCACCGGGUUUGUGUCUACUGCGGUACGGGGAAUGAAGCGCGGCUGGCGGCAGUGUCCCGCUGAUGCUACCUUGACUCUUGGACUGCACCGCUGCACCCUCGGCUGCGCUGCGCCUGGUACCUGCCGCGUGCUGACGGGCGCCCGAUCGGCACCUGAGUGAGAAACUUCCCGAAUGAUGCCAACGAUGCCCGUGGCGGAGGAGCUGAUGAUUUUCCCCAGUGACCCCCAGUUCCUCCAGUGCCUGCGUGGGAGCAAGUCCCCUCUGCUGGGACGGCUGCACCGGCUGAAGCCGGGGGACUGUUCUGACACGGUGUUUGUGGGAGCACGUGUUGCCUUGUUCACCGACCGCCUUACAGUGCUGCCGAGCCCCAUGUUGGUGGGGCAGGGAGGCAAAAUUUAAUAAAAACUCACGGUAACCUC